CCCAUGUCCGUUCGUGCCCACUUGUACACACACACACUCUCUCUCUCUCUCUCUCUCUCUCUCGAUCUGCCCGGUGUCCACAUGCAGUGACUUAAACCUUAUCGAUCGAUUGUGCUUCGUGAACGCACGGCUGUGAAUAUCUUGUGGAGAGGUAUCACGUCCGGAGUCGCUGUUGCUGGCAACCCUAUUAAUCUCGCCCACCCAAGGAUAUGACAAUCUCGCCACCACCUGCCUCCAUUGAGAUCGACGAGUAUACUUGACAUUGGCCCAUACACACAUCAUGAGCAACACGACACUGAACGGAUUAUGCCCGGCUCCUUUCUACCAGGAGUCAUUCUUCCCGUCGACCGGUGGAUACAUUGACGGACGUUAUUGUGAAACGUUAACCACGGCCCAGGGCAACGUCUCUUGCUGCCUGCCGUGCCCAUUGUCAUCAUGGACAUACGGUGAUGACAUGACCAACAAAACCCAGGCCGCCGGCUGGCUUGGGGUCGCCAUCCUGCCUCUUUGUAUUUUUCUCUUGAUCUCAUAUGCGGUCCUGCCUCCGAAAUGGACGAAUCGUCACUAUCUGAGCAUAUGUUUCACAUUGGGAAUCUGCUGCAUCGAGAUCGCUUUCAUCAUCCCUCUAGGGAUCAAGCCGGAGCAGUGCUUUAAUGCAAUUACGCCGAACGAUAUGUACUCGGAUGUCGCGUGUGCUUUCACUGGCUCGUUACUUCUGUUUGGCGGCUGGGUAGCUGUGUCGUGGAGUUUUAUCCGUACGCUGGCUUUCCACCUUCAGGUUUGUUGGGAGGUAAUGCUGGGGACGAAGUUCAUGUGGGGCGCAUUCAUCUUUGGCUGGGGCAUCCCGAUCAUUGGGUUGACUGUCAUGCUGUGCUUGACGGGGGUGUCCUACCGAUUCGGUGGGACCUGUCAUAUCAACGUGCAGAACAGCAACCGCGAUUACUGGGCGCCUGUGGUGGCCUUCUCGGCGGCAGCAUUGGUCCUGCAGUUGGCCACGAUGCUGUACUGUAUCCACGUCUACGUCAAAUCGGUCUUCGACAAGAACCCCACGACCAACAGCUCGGGUCUCCCGUCCUACAGUGCCAGCGUGCGCACCAUGACCGCCCGGCAGGCCUACCGCCGCGUGCGCCGCGUCAUCCAGCUGCAGUGGCGGAGUGUCACCUUGAUCCUCAUCAUCAUCGGCAACGUCAUCUUCUUCGCGGUGGUCUUCAUCAAGAUGGACAACAAACUGGCCAUGACCCCCGCCAACGCCGAGCUCUUCCUCCCCUGGGUGGCAUGCCUGGUCGCCACGGAGGGCGACAAGCAGAAGUGUUUCUCGGAGGUGAAGCACGUGCUGCCCAACCAGGCCACCCUCCUGGCGGUGCUCAUUCUUCUGUCGCUGGUGGGCUUCUGGAACUUCAUUCUGUUCGCGAGACCAUCGAUGUUCCAGGGAUGGGCCGACCUCUUCAAGACGAAAGUCACGCACCCCAACGAGUUCGUCUCCGCGGACGCCCGCCGCACGCCGGACUCGCGCGCCUACGAGAUGCUCGACAGCUCCGGGGUGCCGCCCGCCUUCAAGACGCCGGAGCCGGUGAUCCGGUCCCCCAGCCCAGCGCGCACCUCCGGGGCCCGGAGCCCCGAGCACGACAGCUACGGCCAGGAGGCGCGCUACGUGAGCCCGACGAUGAGCUUCUCGUCGCCUCGCCCGCCUAGCGCGUCGCAGAACCACGUACGCGAGUGGGAUCCGCAAGCGACAUUUGCGCCGGCACACCCACGUAAUGGAUCCCAGUGACGCUAACUUGUUUGAGCAUGGAGGAUUUUUUUUCUUUUCGGUUGGGUUGGAUUACAUUGGAGCAUUGCGUCAAGAGAAAAGAAAAAAGUGGCUGAUGUAUAUUUUGUAUGAACUGCAUAUGUUUGUUACGGCUGUACUUAUACCCCGGAUGAUUUUGAAUUGGUUUCCGCUAUCACUGUUCAC